UGGGGAUCUCUGCUCUCCUCCAUCCUCCUGCCCCCUCUCAAGUCCCUCUCCCUCGCUUCUCCUCCCCUGCUCCUGGGUCCCCCUUCCCGUGUGCCACCAUGACAGUGAUGGCUGGAGAGAACAUGGAUGAGACUUCUGCACUACCUGGCCACCCCCAGGAUAGCUACCAGCCCGCUGCCCACGAUGACCAUGAGUGCUGUGAGCGCGUAGUGAUAAACAUUGCUGGACUACGCUUUGAGACACAGCUGAAGACCUUAGCCCAGUUCCCCAACACUCUGCUGGGGAACCCCAAGAAGCGCAUGCGGUACUUUGACCCCUUGCGCAACGAGUACUUCUUUGACCGGAAUCGGCCCAGCUUUGAUGCCAUCCUCUACUACUAUCAGUCUGGGGGGCGGCUUCGCCGGCCGGUCAAUGUGCCCUUGGACAUGUUCUCUGAGGAGAUCAAAUUUUAUGAGUUGGGUGAGGAGGCCAUGGAGAAGUUCCGGGAAGAUGAAGGAUUCAUCAAAGAUGAGGAGAGACCCUUGCCGGAGGGGGAGUACCAGCGCCAAGUAUGGCUCCUCUUUGAAUACCCAGAGAGCUCUGGGCCUGCAAGGGUCAUUGCAAUAGUCUCCGUCAUGGUGAUCCUCAUCUCCAUCGUGAUCUUCUGCCUAGAGACAUUACCCGAGCUGAAGGAGGACAAGGAGUACACAGUGCAUCGCACUGACAACACCACCCAGGUCUACAAAUCCAACAUCUUCACAGAUCCCUUCUUUGUUGUGGAGACCCUGUGCAUCAUCUGGUUCUCCUUUGAGCUGGUGGUGCGCUUCUUUGCUUGCCCCAGCAAGACUGAAUUCUUCAAGAACAUCAUGAACUUCAUUGACAUUGUGGCCAUCAUCCCUUACUUCAUCACCCUGGGCACCGAGAUGGCCGAGCGGGAGGGGACUCAGAAAGGAGAGCAGGCCACCUCCUUGGCCAUCCUGAGAGUCAUCAGACUGGUAAGAGUCUUUCGAAUCUUCAAACUCUCCCGGCACUCUAAGGGCCUCCAGAUUUUGGGACAGACCCUCAAAGCAAGUAUGAGAGAGCUAGGUUUACUAAUCUUCUUCCUCUUCAUUGGGGUGAUCUUGUUCUCUAGUGCGGUAUAUUUUGCUGAGGCUGAAGAACCUGAGUCUCAUUUCACAAGUAUCCCUGAUGCUUUCUGGUGGGCGGUGGUAUCCAUGACCACUGUGGGCUAUGGUGACAUGUACCCUGUGACAAUUGGAGGCAAAAUCGUAGGCUCCUUGUGUGCCAUCGCUGGUGUGCUGACAAUUGCCCUGCCUGUACCUGUCAUCGUGUCCAACUUCAACUACUUCUACCACCGAGAAACAGAAGGGGAAGAACAGGCUCAGUUACUUCACGUUAGCUCCCCUAAUUUAGCAUCUGACAGUGAUCUCAGUCGCCGCAGCUCCUCCACAAUCAGCAAAUCUGAGUACAUGGAAAUCGAAGAGGAUAUGAAUAAUAGCAUAGACAAUUUUAGAGAGGCUAAUCUCAGAACUGGCAACUGCACUGUAGCCAACCAAAACUGCGUUAAUAAAAGCAAGCUGCUGACUGAUGUGUAAACAAAAAAACCAAAAUCCCCACUCACAGCUUGAAGACUUUAGUGACACAGUCACACUUUGUAGAUGCUUUACUGAUAGUCUUUGAAUGCUUUAUUUACCUCGUAAAUGCAUUGUUGCAUUGCGAAUUUUUGCUCAGCGAUAAAGAAGCUUCCAGGAUCCAUGAAAGAUAAGAUUUUGUUUAUUUUUAACAAGCAUUUUCCACCUGGUAAAUGAUAACCAUUUGAACUAGUUUAGUUUUAAGCUGUGACGCUAGACCUAAACUUUUCCUCUCCCAUCUCCCUUUAUUUUUUGGAUGGUUAACUUAAAACUAAGCAAGACAGUUUUAAGAGCUAUAAAGCAUAUGCAUGGAUUCCAGUAAAAAUAUUCUGCAAAACUGCACAGUUGCAAGAAAGAAAGUGCAUCAGAUAAUAAUAAAAAAAAAAAAAAAAAAAAAAAAGAUUAGCAAAAACCUGCAGCAAGCAUUUGCCGUGGUUUUUAUGGAGCGCCAAUUUUCCUUCCACCCCCUAUGUGAAAGAUUACAUACUUCCAAUCUACAGAUCCACACAGCACCUUAUUAAAAACAUACUUAAGCCUGGUCUCUUUUGCUGUCCAUAGAAGAACUAUUGUAAAAGGAAAAUAACAAACAAAACUGAAGACAAAACAUCUGCAAUGCUGCUAAAUUCUCUUACAUGCAGAUGAUUUAAACACACUUUUCCUUUUCCCUGUCCAGAACUGGAUACAAAACUUUAAGCCCCUCUGUUGCAAGAUAGCACAAUGGAGUUUAAUAUAAGCAUGUUUGAAUUUGAUACUAUUUAUUUUAUAAUCGCAUGCCUGAAACGUUACCUCAGACAAUAGCGGAUAAGCUUUCGUUUGAACUGAAUCUUCUAAAAAUAGGUCCUUUAUCUUUCUUUUUUCUUUUUUUUUUUUUUUUUUUUUUUUUUUUUUUUUUUUUUUUGAUUUGCAUUCACCAGAAGUGCACUCCUUAAUUUAUUAAAUCGUUGACUAGUAAUUUAAAGUACUGUAUUUAAGUGCGUAUGUUAGUCAAAUGGGAACAAUAACUUUUGGAGAUCAAAGCAUGUUCAAAUAUUCAGCAUUAUGGCCUAUUUGAUUAAGGUGUAACUUGAAUUAAUUAAUGCAUGAAUUCAAUAAUAAUAAUAAUAAUAAUGAUAAUGAUAAUAACAAUAAAAACAAAAUUUAAAAAAAGUGCUUGAUAGACCAAGGGCCUGAACGAACUGAUUAGAGAAACCUGGUUGUUUUCCUGCAUUGCUCAGGGAAAUGCGUUGGCUUUUGUCCAGGUGUUGUGGGAAAGGAACAUAUCCCAUCCCUUAAAGGGGAAGCUAUAUGGAAAAUUAAGAAGUCGAGUUAUAUAUAGCAACACCUAAAACCUAGUAUCCUUUAUAGUUGAAAGGUGCAGAUGCAUGCUUUUUGGUGCAUUCUCAGAAUGUAAAUGAAACUUAUCUAUUAUAUGCAUCCAAAUUGCAGCAGCUGGUUUCUUUUGCAGUCAUUAGUUGAUUCCCCUAAAACUCACCGAAGAGACUCAACAGAUUGAUUUAGAUAGUUGCGCAGUGCCUUUAUCUUACAUCCCCUAAAUUGCUGAAAGUGCCUCCAGGAACUGAGCUGAUCAGACAGCGAAGGAAAGGGCAAGGCACCAACACACUGUCAGGAGAGUUCUGUGCUGCCUCUGGGCACAGCACAGGAGUGGGUAGAGAAAGAAAGAAAAAGAAAGAAAGAAAAAGGGCAAGUGUGAGUGAGAGGGAUGCAGAAGAGGCGGGCAGAGACCACCAGCGCCCAUGGGAUACCUUCCUUCCCCAGCCAGUCCGAUGCUGCAGGGCUCAGCAUUUGCUUCUGCCAAAUAUCUCAUGGUUGUGUUUAUGCAAGACUUCGAGUUUCCCUAAGUUGUUUAUAGAGGCAUCGCUGCCAUCGUAUCUGCCCACCCUUUCCCUGUGAGAUGGCUUUUUGGCAGCCUGUUCCAGCACGGCAGGACGCAGGAGGAACUGGGGACCAGUAUGAACUGUGGCAUCGCCCUGUCAGGCAACCAGGCUGCAGGGCUGUGCUUUUCUUUCCCUUGGAUUCCCCAGCGAGUAGGUAGGAGAGGAUUUCCAGUGCCCUCCCACCCCUGCCUCCCCCAUCCCCUUUUGGCAGUCUGUCAGAUCUUAAAUCCUAUCACAGAUCCUUUGAGCCAUAUUUUUCUUUCUAGCCCCUAACCUUACACUACUUCCACCAUCAUCUGGUGAGGGAAGCAACACUAGGAGAAGGUAUCUUCUGCAAUAUGCCAGCCUUGACUGCUAGGCCCCGGAAGAUAAUAACCUUUGAUGUGAACUAAUGUAGGCACUAAUCUUUAUUUUUUAAAUGGACAAAGUUGAGGAUCUUCAUUCUGCACUUAGCAUGUGGCCAACUGCUGUUGAACACUUCUCCUUCCACAAUGUACAGAUCCUUUCUUCCCCUAUCUUUCUGAUAUGUGUAUAUAUGUGUAUAAAUAUAUAUAUAUUUGUGUCUGCACAUAUGUGUGUCACACACCUAUGCAGACACAUGUAUAUAUAAAAUCAAGGCACUUAGAGUUAAAAAAAACCAACCCUAACUCUGCAGUUACGCACAAGCCUGACCUGCCAGGUUUCUAGAAAGACUUGACUUUUAUUUCUCACUGUGUGGCUUCUGUGAAUCUUAACGAUGAGAAAACGAUCCAGAACUGAGGGAGCUCUAACUCCUGCAAGAAAUGCAAAGUAUCCGAUAAAACAGGGCAUUACAUCCUCUAGGUAGAUAUCGUAAAGCUUCCUUCCUGUCCCCUGCUCAUGCCCCUGUCCAUCAUACACCUCUCUCCCCAUUAAAUUCUGGUGGUCCUGAUCUUCCCAAACUCUUGAAUCCAAGAGUGUGACUUCUUAUGUCAAAAUAGACUUGAAUGCUGCACUCAGCUUAUAAAACCACCAACUGACUAAACUAAACAGCAAUAAUCAAUUCAGUGCUGUGGGACUGAUGAUCGGAAAGUAGCAUCUAGAUGAGGCCUCACUUCAGUAACUUCUGCCACAGCUGGGUGUGCACACCUUAGUUUAAUGAGCAGAAUGAUAAUCAUUCUGCAUGUGUAAAGAGAAAAGUGCUGCAUGCAGCGAUUCUUCUUUGUCAGGAGACUGGGAUGGAUCGUUAGGACUUGGGGUGGUUUGGGGAGCCUGAAUAUUGUUUUGUCCAUUUAUAGCUCACUGCAAAGGAUCUCAAUACAUAUGGAGGACAGGAAUUAACCUCAUCUAGCAUAGGCAUGUGAUUUCGACAAGUUUGACAUGCAAAAAAUUAACCACAAAAGAGAAAGCUCUUACUCCCUUUACACAGGAGUGCUGAAAUGUCUUUGUGGGCCUGAAGGUGCACUUAACAAACUGCCUGUUCUUACCAGUAAGCAUCCUUUUCUUUCUUUCUUCCUUUCCUCUCUCUUUUUUUUUUUUUUUUUUUUUCUUUCUCCCCCUCUUGGCAUACGUUUCUUUUUGCCACACAUGAGCUCUAUGAGGUUGUUUAUGUCAGUGGAAGAGGACUGGAGAUGAGCUGAUGGCCAACUUAGUGCAUCUCUGAAAGUCAAGAGACCUUCACUCAUUUGGUAGGGACCUCCCAGAAGCGAUGCCCAUGUUAUGCUGGACAGAGAAACCAGUAGAUACGGUGAUCUUAGUUGGGCUGUAGUUUGAUGAAGAAGGCAGCUAUUCCAGCAUAGGGAGUCACUACCCAAGCCUCCUUUACCAGCCACUGCUCUAUGCCUCUGUGUCCUUCUUAGUUGCCCCCAUACAGCUUUUUCUUCACCCACUCAGUGAAGGGAAUGAGGGAUCUUACCUGGUUUGAGCAAGGCAGCAGUGCACUGCAGUGCAGAGGCAGGAAUGAAGUGGAGAGGCAGUGGGCAGGAAUCCCAUAGGCUGGUAUCGCUGCCAAAAUUCCCCAUCUGGUCCUACCGUACUUAGCUGUAGAACACUAGUGAACAGGCAGAGGAGCAAGGGGGAGAGUGAAAAUGGAAGGCUCUGUACUCCCUUCCUUCGCAGAACUGAGAAGUUGCCGCCACACUGCCAAGAGCUCCAAUCCUCUGUGUGGCAACUCCAGCAGAGGCAAUGAACUGGAUUUACUUGUCUUCACGAGGAAGUUAGCAUGCAGUAAGCCAGGGUGUGAGUUCACAGCAUCCUAGAAAAACCCAUGCAGAUUCCCUGCAUGGAGCCUCUUAAGCCUUAUCUCCAUUGGGGAAAUCAGGAAAGCUAAUCCGAAUUAAUGAAAGGUGUGCAUUUAAAGUAGAUUUGUUAAACUGCAUUGAAGCCCAGCAUGGACAUUCUGUUGCAGUAUAAAAGCAACCUUAAUCUGAUUUGGAGACUUUUUUUUUUUUUUUGAAGGAAAGUAAGCUGAAUUGAAUUAAGGCUGCUUUAAUUCUGAACACAAUGGGGCUUAAUGCAGUCUACCUCAUCUGCCUCACAAGUUCAUUCAGAUGGAUAAGCCUUUAGUAAUCAUUAAAUGUAAUGGAACCGACACUACUUUGCAGGGGGUGGCUGGGCAGAGCGUGGCCGUGUGCUGCAAAACUCUCAGAAUGUGAGUGCUGGAAAUUCACAGCCUGGCUUACUGAGGGCUAACAUGUUGAUCCUGGCAACAAUUCUAGUGAUUUCCUUCCUUUGUUCCUGGUUUACACAUUUGCAGGUGUGAGGAGAAUCAAUCUUGCUGCCUUCUGGGAAGUUGGCAAUGAUCAUGGCCUAAGGAAAUUAAUUUCCACUUACAAAGUCUCUAACUGUGCACGUGCUUAACCUGGUGUACUGGUGAUCACGUGGACAAGCACUUGAAAGACAGUACGAAGCACUUGAGACAGGACAAAAAUUCAGCAAAAGUCCUUGUUUUCAGCAGUGAUUUUGCCCAACUAGAGACUUCAGGGAUCAGACCCUUCUUAGCAAAUCAGCUGUGUAUCAUUUAUUAGAAGCUGAAGUGGCCCAAAUCAACAGUUGGAGCAGUGUCAACUUUUACUGGCAGAUUUUUUACUAAGGGACAAUUGUUUACAUUAGUCAGAAGUACAGAAAGUUUGUUUCUCUUAUGAGAGAGCCUAAGCCCAAGUGUAACAUAAAAACCUGCUUAUUUUUAAGUGUAAGGAACUGAGGGCAAGUUUCACUUUUCCAUAGUUCACACUCGGACGGUGCAGUUUCCUACAUGCACAUGUAGUAACUGAAAUAAAAUGAGCACUAGGACAGGAACAUCUGUGUUUUGUUAGAAAAAGGUGGAAAGUUGUAUUCCAGAGUAAGAUCUUCUGCAUACAUAUGUAACAUAUGGAGAGAAUAUAUUCCCUUCCAGAUAUUAGCAGGAUAACUGUUUUUAGAGGGGUGCCAUUCUGGAUUAAUUAAUUUCCCCUAAUGUGAAGAAGAAGGAAGUGCCGCAGCUUUUCCAGGAACGGUCUGAUCCUGUAGGUUUUCAGCAGCCUGAUGCCACUGAUCGUCACCGUAAUGUCAGACUCGCAGGAAUGCAGAACCAGCUCCAAAGUGUGAUUUACCCUCCCCAGCCACAGAGCUGGACGGAACUGGAAAGCUGUCCUUGCAAUGGGACAACAUGGCAAGUUUGUUCCAGACCUGCCUAUCGCAAGUCUGAAACAGGCUCCUUUGCCGAGAUGCUUUAACCAGAGCCCUACAUUUCAAUUUUGGUUGGACUUAUUUCAGGCUGAGUUUCUUUUUCUGUUUUCUGUUGUUCGAGCUUUACUUAAUCAGGUGUAGAGAAUUUAUUUUUCCUGAAACGCUUAUCAAGUAUUCUUAAAGGUGUCAGUAUUUGUAUCUGCAAAAAUGAAACUUCAGGGUGUUCUACUGUUUCACUCAGAACAGGUGAACUUGCCACCGGUGAGGUCAACAAUUUAUGCUGUCAAGGCAUAGCAUGCUUUGAUAUUUUCAAAGGAAAUAAAAUGAAACUGAGGUCUUAACUGAAAUUUGUCUCAAAGUAUCUGUUAAUAUCUAUGUAACUCUGUAUAUUUCACCCGUUCACAGGCUCUAGCAAAUGUCACUACAAGUUAUAUAAAAAACAAAAAAAAAUCAUCUUCCAUUUCUAGUUUCUAUAAUAAAAUGAAGACGUUGCAUUCAGUUCCUUUAGGUGCAUCAGUCUUUGAUCCAUGUUAUUGUUUCAGUGACAUUUCUAUAAUGUAAUUGGGAUCAAAUGUAUAUUUUACUUUUGUACAAAAGUAAAAAUGAUAUUUUUAUGACUAAAUUCAGCAAACCCUUACCUAUAACGUGCUAAGAUGAAAUAUUUUUUUUUCCUUUCCUUUACAUGUAAACCAUUGUUUUUGCAGUAUGUCAGUUUGAAAUGAAUAAAUAACAGCUGUCACUAGAACUGUAUGCGACCUCUCAGACAUACCUCUGAUUUUGAAGAUCAGAUAUUACUGAUGUGAAAUAUAUAAACUGAAUAGUCUCCAUAUGAAAGUGCACCAUCAGGGCAACAAACCAUUUAAGCUGACACAGCUGUACUUAUUUCCACCAUUUACAAAUCGCUUACACUUUGGGUCAAGUAUGUACUUCAUUGUCACAUUACAGCUCAUUUUACUUCCAGUAGUGAAAUCGGUUGACUUUUACCAUUUUUAGAACAUCUAAUGUUAUGAGUUCAUGAACUAUUUGAAAUGCAUAGUUUUCAUCUAUGCAAUUUUACCUGCUUCUGUACUUGUUCAUCUGUUCAUACUUGGCAUCAAUUAAAGAUAAUU